UUUGCUCAUUCGUUAGUUCACCGAGCAUGUUAGAGUAAGAUUUGUUUACAUAUUUUCAGCGUAAGGUUCGACUUUUUAGACAAUCUGGAAGCAUUCACAUUUUAGUCUACUAAACAGCUAUAGGUGAUAAAGUUAUGGUCAUCAGCUAACGUUAGCUAACUGAAUGUCUUUCAGUCAGUUACAAUAUUCAGAAGUUUGCUAUUUCUAAGCUAGCUCAUACGUAGCUAACGUUAGAGCAGUGAGGACAGGCUGAUACCCUGCGGUGGGUUGUGGCCAGCUCGGAAAACCUCACGUCUGUCGAGCUGCGUGUUCCCUUGUUUUGGACGCGAGGAGCUGUUUGAGAUAAACUACAAUGGAUCCAUUUGACAGUAACAGUUCAGACCGGGCCAACUUGCCGAGGAACAUGAUUGAGAACAGCAUGUUUGAAGAAGAGCCUGACGUUGUGGAUUUGGCCAAAGACUCCGCUGCGUUUCCGACGUUUCCUGCUCUUGACCCAGAUGAGGCGGCGUAUGAGCCUCGUACCUCCCGUUUGCUUGUGCGAGGCCUGGGAGAGAAUGACAUGGACGAGGAUGAGGAGGACUGUGAGUCUUCAGCCCGUCUGCUGGGCAUGUCCUUCAUGAACCGCAGCUCUGCUCACAGACCCAGCUCUUCACCUUACACCCGACAGGCUCCACCAAGGACGUGUUCACGACCCUCAACCCGUACAUUGGUUGUAUGUGUGUUAUUCCUGGUGAUAGUGGCCUCUAUGACCAUGGUACUGUACUUCUUACCUGGAUGCACCUUUACCAAGGCGGGAUGUCGAAAGACCAACCAGACAACUCCGUUAGUGCCAGUGUCCCCCAUAUCCACAAAUGGCGAACUGUUUCCAUGGACAGAGCUCCGGCUGCCUCACAGCAUACGUCCUCUGAGCUAUGACCUCACCCUGAACCCUGACCUUUCAGACAUGACCUUCACCGGCUCCACCGUCAUCAACAUGUCUGUGCUUCACAACACCAAGCGCAUUGUCUUGCACAGUGCUAAACUCAACUUCACCAAAGCUACAUUCAAGCUGGGUGAAGGGGAGGCCAGAGAAGUGACUGUCCUGGAGUACGAACCCCGACAGCAGAUAGCUGUUCAGUUCACUGAGGAGCUGAAGGCAGGCCAGUUCUGUGUUUUGACCCUGGAUUACUCUGCCAACCUCUCGCACAACUACGAUGGUUUCUACAACAGCUCAUACACUGAUAAAGAUGGAAACAAAAGGAUUUUAGCCGCAACCCAGUUCGAGCCACUAUCAGCGAGGAAGGCCUUUCCUUGCUUUGAUGAACCAUCUUUCAAAGCCACCUUCCUGAUUAAAAUCAGCCGGAAAACACACUACAUGACUCUGUCCAACAUGCCUCAGGCUAAAAGCACGCCACUUGUCAAUGGCCUCAUUCAAGAUGAGUUUGAAAAGACCAGUGUCAACAUGAGCACCUACCUGGUGGCCUUUGUCGUUGCCAACUUCACGCCGAUCAGCAGAAACGUCUCCAAUACUCUGGUGUCUGUGUACUCUGUGCCAGUGAAGAUGGAGCAUACUGAAUAUGCUCUGGACACAGCCUCCAAACUGCUGGAGUUUUACAAUGACUUCUUUGAAAUUAACUACCCCCUCAAAAAACUAGACUUGGUAGCCAUCCCAGACUUCCUGGCAGGAGCCAUGGAGAACUGGGGACUCAUCACUUUCAGAGAGACCAGCCUGCUGGUGGGCCAGCACUCCUCUCUGGAAAAACAAGUAGUUGCCUCCGUCGUAGCGCACGAGCUCGCUCAUCAGUGGUUUGGAAACUUGGUAACGAUGAGCUGGUGGAAUGACCUGUGGCUCAACGAAGGCUUUGCCACUUACAUGCAGUACAUGUCGCUGCAGACCGUGUUGCCCAAGCUGGACAUUGGUAACUUGUUCCUGGCAGUACGCUUCAGAGCCUUGGAUAAAGAUGCUCUAAACUCCACCCACGCUGUGUCGACUGAGGUCAACACACCGGAACAGGUGGAAGAGAUGUUCGACUCCGUCUCCUAUGAAAAGGGUGCGUCCAUUCUGCUGAUGCUGAACGCCUCCCUGCCAGGGGAGCAACAGUUCAGAAAGGGUAUCAUUCAAUACCUGAAACAGUUCAGUGGAUUAAACACGGACACCAACGACCUCUGGAACUGUCUUACGCAGGUUGAAGUGUCAGCGCAGCACCAGAAUGUGUCAGAGAUGAUGAGCUCAUGGACGUCACAGAAAGGCUUCCCAUUGGUCACUGUAAGCCGCAAGGGAGGUCAAGUGACCCUCACACAGGAGCACUUCCUCCUCACAUCUGACAAUGCAAUGCAUACUUCCAACUUGUGGAAUAUUCCAGUGACGUAUGUAACUGACAACUGUAGUUCGGCCCCUGAGUGCAGGCAGAUGUUCAAUCUGAAGACCAAGUCAGGGACUCUGAAGGACGUACCAGAAAGUGUGAAGUGGCUGAAGUUGAACUACAGAAACACGGGCUUCUACAUCGUCCACUACGGAGACGAGGGCUGGGCUGCUCUGAUACAGGCUUUGAACGACAAUGUCGGUGUUCUUACAAGCGACGAUCGUGCCUCGCUCAUACACAACAUCUUUGCUCUCUCCAGACUGGGACGUGUGUCCUUUCACCAAGUCCUCAACCUGUUGAAGUACAUGACCAAUGAAACUGAGACUACUCCUGUGACAGAGGCCCUGUUACAGCUCAAUGUAAUCUACCGGCUGCUUGACAAAAGACAAGAGCACAGUCUUGCAGCCCGCAUGAAGACUUAUAUUCGGCAUCAGUUUGGUUCUCUGAUGGACAACCAGACAUGGAAGGAGGAGGAGAGCGUGUCUAAGCAGGAGCUGCGCGCUGCCCUGCUGGGGACGGCCUGCGGUCUGGAUCAAGAAAACUGCAUUCACCGAGCCAAAGAGCUGUUCAAACAGUGUGUCGACUCCAAUGGGACCUCACGGAUCCCAGGUGAUCUGCAGCCAGUUGUAUUCACUGUGGCUGGUCAAUCAAAUGAAGAUUGGGAGACUUUGCUCAACAUGUACCAACAUGCCACUUAUGAUGCAGAGAAGCGAACGAUGCUACGGGGCCUAGCAUCCACUCAGGACGCACGGCGUAUAGUUUGGAUUCUAAAGGCAGGUCUGAGGGGGGAUAUCAUCCAGACGCAGGAGCUGCCUUUAGUCAUCAGCACUGUGUGUAGAGGCUUCACCGGCUACUUGUUUGCCUGGGAUUUCAUACAAGAGAACUGGGACCGACUCAUCGAGAAGUUCCCUGUGGGCUCCUUCGCCAUCCAGGCAAUCAUCAAGUCUGCCACCUCUCAGUUCUCCACACAGGCACACCUUGAUCAAAUUCAGGGUUUCUUCUCCAGUCUGAAGGAGCGCGGCUCUCAGAUGAGGAGCGUGCAGGAAGCUUUGGAAACCAUCAAGCUGAACCAGCGCUGGAUGGACAAAAACCUGUCCAUGCUCCAAAAAUGGCUCUAAUACGGAUGUGCCAUCCAGUCAUCGCCCCACUGACAGGGAAACGGUGGCGAGUCGUCAAAACAACAGCAGUGUUUGCACUAUUGUAGGACUGUGUCUCUUAACCGGGCCAGAGGAUUUGCUCUACUCGGGUGGACAAGGUGUUAGAUUUUUCCGAGAUUGGUCCUGUGAGUUGUAUUUGCUCAGGGUGGCUCUGAUUGUGCGUCUGACAGGAAAUUGUCAGACACAAAACACUCUACACUUUAUGCUGUCGACCAAACCUCUCCUCUGCGGCUCUCAUCUAAACCUCAUGCCUGAGAAGACAAUCACGCUUCACCCACACUCCUUUCGCUCAGCCUGCUCUCAGGCACUUAACUGUAUGAGCUGUGUUAGGCCACUUGAAAAAGAAGAAGUAUGAAGAAUGUCAACAUUACUGUGUAUGUAUGUAGUCAGUCGGUCCUGGACUUUCUCUCACAUCGUCUGAUAUGUGUUGAUGAAGCCGUCAGGGAUUCCUCAGUGAUGAAGUUGGAAUGACCGGUACUUUUAGAGGGGAAACAUUGUUGGGAUUAAACUGACCUUGUAUCGCCGUGUUACGAAAUAGCUGCCUGCCAUUCUGAACUCUAGUGCAACCGGAAGCAUUUUAGUCCGGAUUAAACUAGAAGAUUGGUUGGUUGGUUGGUUGAUUGAUAGCUUAUAAUACCAAACAUGUGUUUUCAUCAAUUGAAUGUACUGAAAAAACCUUCCCACUGUGUACACUAGAUGGCGUACUGCACAACGGCGCAGGUUUAAAUCAACAACCAAUGUGUCUUAGGUGAGAGCAGGCAGUGCACACUGGAGCCAAAUGUUUCUUUCUUUCUUCUUCUAUCAGUCAUAAGGCCAGUUUAGCUGCGAUCGACACGUUUUAUUUUGCCUGCAGUGCGGUCACUGAACUUGUUAUUAUAGUGUAAAUAUGCUCAACCCUCCAACCUUUUAACCUGUUGUACUGUUUUAACCAUCUUCUCUUUUAACAUUUUAGGAUUUGCUUUGUGUGGUCUUGUGUGUGUGUGUGUGUGUGUGUGUGUGUGUGUGUGUGUGUGUGUGUGUAUAUAAAGUGUAAAUAGGAAAUGUAUACAUAGAAUUGAUCAAGCGUCUUGGUCAAAUACUUUUACUGUAUUUCUUGAUCGAAGUCAUUUACUGAUGAAUGUUUGUGUUUUAAGGGCUAAUGUGCAUAUUGAAGAUACCGAGUGUAUAGAAGAACAUUUAUGUUGGGCAUGACUAAUGUGUUGAGCUGUUCAUACGCCAAAUGAAGGUUUAAAGUUACUCCAUUGUUAACCAGUCCUGUGGCUCCUAAAAAUGAGGAGUAGCCUAGAUAUUUAUUGAGUUUUGUUCCAAUAUUUUUAUUUAAAUAGAGUUGUACACUCAUCCUGAGCUUUAUUAAAAGUGGCACUGCUCACUUAUCCACUCCAUAACUGUCGAUACAUAUUAAGGAUCAUUGAGAAAAUGUAGUCAUUUGUCUUUGAGCAUCUUCACGAGACUUGCAUCUCUGUCAUAUUAUCUCUUUGUCUCAGUUAUGUAAAACACUUUCCUCAAAUGUGUCACAACAAACAUUGGUCCAAUCCCCAGUAGUGUUACCUCACCGCUGCGCACGCUUGGGAAACCUUUUAAAAGGGUCAUGUGUUUGUUGCUGCACUAGCGACUCAUACUGGUUUGUCAAAGUGGCUGCUGGGACAAGUGGGAUCCAGGAGGGGGCUCGUGUUAGGCCCGCUCAGUGUGAUGGCAGGUAGAAAAACACACCAAGAAACACAGUGUGUAUCGAAGGCAGGGCAGCGUACACCCUCCCCAGGUGUGGGGGUUAGAAGAAUAAAGGAUCACAGGACAGAGAAUUGCGCAUUCAAAACUUGGGAGAAAUGAUAAAGUAGUAAUGAGCGUGUCAGACUUUAUUAAAAGUCUUGCCAUUGACUCGUGCCAUCCAGUCCCUCGUAGCGCGUUAAGAGCAUGGUACUGUUUUAUGUCCCAGCAAUCGGAUGAAUUAAUCAGCUUUAUUGAGGCUCUGGGACUUUUAUGUUUCAUCAUAUUUUGUUUAGAAAGUAACUGUUUCGUGUGAAGUCAGUUGCAAUAAGCUUUAAGAGUUGCCGAAGUCAUUCAGGUACAAGGUUCAGUGGAGGUUGGUGAAUCCGUGAUGUGGCUGUUCGGAUGUUAGGAUUGUAAAUAGAAUAUAACGUGCAGUAAACACAAUCAGAUCGUCUUUGUUGUUUUGCACUGGGAUACAAUGCUGCUGAUGCUUUUGUAACUGUGUUGCUCUUCAUGUGAAUAAAAUAUGAAUUAAAGUUCUUUUCUGAAGA